AUUUUUAUAAAGCAGAAACUAGGGUUUCCUCCUCAAACCCUUAGCCAUACUCUUUCUUUUUUGUAAGUAGCAAAUCAUAGUCAGAAAGCUGCGCAGCUCAGCUCCGAUUCAAUGGGGGCUUACAAGUAUGUCUCUGAGCUAUGGAGGAGGAAGCAAUCUGAUGUCAUGAGGUUUUUGCAGAGGGUCAGGUGUUGGGAGUACCGCCAGCAUCCUUCUAUUGUGCGUCUCACCCGUCCAACUCGCCCUGAUAAGGCUCGUCGUAUGGGCUACAAAGCCAAGCAGGGUUACGUGGUUUAUCGUGUCCGAGUUAGACGAGGUGGUAGGAAACGGCCAGUUCCCAAGGGUAUUGUGUAUGGUAAGCCCACCAACCAGGGUGUGACACAAUUGAAAUUCCAAAGAAGCAAGAGGUCUGUUGCUGAGGAGCGUGCUGGUAGGAAAUUGGGAGGCCUCAGGGUCCUCAAUUCAUACUGGGUCAAUGAGGACUCUACUUAUAAGUAUUUUGAGGUGGUGUUGGUUGAUGUUGCACAUAAUGCCAUAAAGAAUGACCCAAGGAUCAACUGGCUCUGCAAUCCUGUCCAUAAGCACAGGGAACUGCGUGGUCUCACCUCAGCUGGAAAGAAAUACAGGGGUCUGCGUGGAAAGGGUCCUCGACACCAGAAGAAUCGCCCUUCCCGCCGAGCAACCUGGAAGAGAAACAAUUCUCUCUCACUUCGCCGUUAUCGUUGAGUCCAUUAAAAUGCUUAAAAUUCUCUUUUGCUGGAUAUGGUUCAGAGGACAAGUUAGAUGUCAUCUUGAGUUUGAAGUUCUGAAUACUAAAAUACUUGAUAAUUGCUAUUUUGAAAUCCUACAUUUUAAUUUUAA